CCACGAAGGUGUGUGCAGGAACAAGUAGACCUCGUUAAACCUCUGGCUUUUCCAUUUCGUCCUCACGUCUUACUCUUAUGCCGCACUCAAUACGCUGGCUUCGGUGAAUCCCUACGUGAUUUGGCAACUAAGGACCUGAAAACAUAAAUAGAUAAACGUACUAAUUUCCACCAGCAGGAAAUGGGAAAUCCCUGCACUUCACCCAUCCUCGAAGAACGUCACUUAAUCUCGUUUUUGUUACUGUCUUUCAUUCACUAUCACUCACACACUAGUUCGUUUUUAUGAAAACUUUCAGCUGCCAUAAAAAACUUCCCUGUUUAGUAGAACUCAAGUGCAAGUAAAAAGGAACUACAGCACCAGAAGUUAAUCUGAAAAGUUUCCGUACAGCACACAGUUCGUUUUCAACCAAGAUCGGGACCACAUCUCUCAACGCAAAAGGGUCCUGCUCAAAGAAACCGCAGAAAAGCCACGGUUUGUUACAAUUGUAAAGUCGAUCACCAAAUAACGACCACGAGCAAGCGAAGAACGUAAACGAAAGUGGAGCUUCUGCAUCGGUCUAGAAUUGCUCGACGUAUUUCUAUCUUCUUACGCUACUGAGAAAACGUGUGGCACUAUGGUACUUUCUCGUCGCGUCCAGAAAAGUGCCGCGGCCUACGUUGUCACGACCGGGCUGCUGACUGCACAGCAAGGUGGUGUGUUAGCAGAGCACAAGUUUCUCGAAAAACGGGAAAAGUGCGACGGCGACUGUUAUGGAGCCGAAAAAGCCACCAAAAAACUCGCGGCGGAACUCGAGUACCUUCCUGUUCAAUAUCUUUAUUGUGUCUGAUGCUGUGAUUCUAGCGGAUAAUUUUAAUUUUCGCGCUUUUCAUGCUCUGAUGCUGAUUGAAAAAUCCAGUGCUUUUUGUGAUGUAUGGUUCUUUAUUUAUAUUUUGUUUGCUCGCCCGGUUGUAGCACAGAUAUGUAUUAUGUACCUACUCGAUCACUCCUCGGUAUCGUAUCUGUAGGAUGGCACAUGCAGGUCAUAGGAGCCGACGUGGGUAUUGCUCCUGCGUUGAUAAUUUCUUCACUUCCUAUCUAUUUUUUCAUUCAUCUUCAGCCUUUAGUGAUUUGUUCUUGUCCUCUCCCCCACAGGAAAAACGUGGCAUGGCAGAAGGAGAAGGAGAAGAGGGAGCGGAUGAAAAAAUUGAGGCAGGAGGUGGCCAGGGAGCGGAGCAACGAGUUGCAGGACCACCGCAUGGCACAACAAGGUUUGCAGCACGUCCCCCUUCCUCCCGGUUCUGCCCCCGGCGUGCGUCUGUACGCCCCUUACGGCACGCAGUCGGAGGUGGGGCAGCCAACUGCGGCGCCUCCUGCCACUCAGCCUGUUGUGACUCGAACUCCUGCUAUGUCGGAAAGAAAGCCAUUCAUCGUCCUUGCUGGUGGCCGCCCCAGAAGAAGAACGAAAAUAAUUCGCAGAUCGAUAAAAGAAUGAAAUUAUUUGCAGCUCCCUGCUUCAUCAUCUGCCUCUGCGUUUGCGUACUAUGCAUACGAGGUCCGUGAAGAAAUUUUCCUUUUAUAUUAUCGGUUGCACGUCGUACUAUGUCUGUUUUGAAGAUCACCGAGAGGACCGACGGACUCCGACGUUGUUGAUCUUCUUUCGUGGGGUCCGCUAGUGUAUCGGAUGAGUGUACUUUGUUUGCCUUGGAUUAUGGCACAACUGGCGCAGUACCCUGCGUUGGAAUUUGGCGCGUCCAGAAUUGGCUCGUCUUCUUCCUCCUUCGUGGUGACGGCGGACGACGUGGAACAAAACGAAGACCACACGGCCUCCCCCACCUCCGAUGCACACCAGCACGAAGUUCUUGCUCCGACGACUGCCUCGUCGUCCAGCAGCACUGAUGUUCCCGAAGAUCUCGUCGGACAAGAAGAUUCUUCUGCUGCUGCAGCGGAAGACCACUCUCGUCCUCCGGGCGAGGAGCUGGAAGAACCGCACUUCGCGUUCUUGGAUCAUGAAAAUGUUGUGAAUGGCCAGGACGACGACCACCACGACAUGAUUGACAACGGGAUCUUCGGCGCUGUUGUGGCGUCGAGGAGCGCGACUGGACGAGCGGGAUCUUCUGGUUCUUCUGUGGGAACAUCUGCUCCUCCGGCGGAAGACGACGAUGAAGAAGCCGUGCUACAGGUUGAUCAUGUUGUCGCGCCGGGGAGCAAGAACGACUACGGUGGAAGUUCUGCUGCAGCUACAACCGGAUUUCUUCAAGACGCUCGUGUUGCUGAAGACCAACAUGCGGAAGAACCAGCGACGUCAUCUCCGAUGGAAGUCGACAUUGACGGGCAGGGGGAUCUGGUGGAGGAUGGCAUGAUAUCCCGUGCUAAAGUAUCGUACUCGUACGAAUGCAAGUCUUGCAUUACAAAUCUUGUUUCCAAUGCAAAUCCGCAUUACAAAUUUCAUUUGUAAUGCUAAGUCAAUUUGUCAUGCAAUUGAUACUAGUACGAUACUUUUGCACUGCAUACAUGAUGAGCAACGACGACAACGAUGACCUGGAGGCGUCUUCCCAUCUGGAGUGCAACGACAACGCCUGCUACGGGGGCACCAAAAAACGGUACAGCAUGUUCGGGGCUUUCUUGUUUUCCAACUUUGAAUUAUAUUAAUAGGUCCUCUGUCAUAUCUUCAUGUCUUCUAGUUCUGUAUUUGUUGCUAGUAUUCCUAUUGAGAAUGUUGCCAAUGUAGGAGUUCUUGCGGGACUAGUUCCUCGUCCUCUCUUUCAACCCAACAUUUCGGAUGAAUGAUCAUUCUAGCUGAUAUUGAGUGUCCUGUCUUAGCUGUCGUGCUCAAGAACACCGCCUUCUUCGGACCCUGGUGUGCAGAUGAAUGUCGCGCAGCAGCGCGUCGUCCAAAUGUGAUCACUUGUUUUCUGCGUCUACUCACAAAAAUCCACAUCAACAGGAGCAGCCGCACACGAUCCGCGAUCCCAAAACCGGGCGUUCAAGCCGCGGGGAGCAAUCCACCGGGUCCUCGUGCAGGGGCGGCCGCAGCUGUAGCGACGGGGGAGCAUGUGGUUCCGCACAACGUCAUUGUGGGUGGGGAUGAUGCUAAAGCCCAGAAGGUUUUGGACUCCCCGGAAACGGCGGCCGCAGUGAAUUUAUACAAGCCAAGCGCGCACGUGGUGGUCCCCGCCGGCGCCGCGAAGCUGGUUGAGUACUGGGACCCGAAGACCCAGAUGUACAAGGUACUGAAACCGGGUGAACAACAGUACUUUCCGCCGGGCCAAGACCCUGACGUGCGCGUUACCCCCGCGGCGGCCGCGUCUGCCUUCCUCCAGUCCGCUGCGAACACGAUUCGCGCCGGCUGGGACUACCUCCUGAAUGCGCCUUUCAGAAGUGAAACCGAAACCAUAUCCGGUGUAAAAACCUGCUUCCCAUGAAGACGAGCACUGGUACUAGUAGUGGUCCUCUUCCUCCUCCUCUCAGUACUAGAAUUCUGUAGCACUGUUGAUAUGUUGGAAGAUGAUUUUUGUACAACGUACGUGCGAGCAAGCUUAAGCUAGCUGCUCUCGGGACGAGGUGUCCCAUCUUCACGCAUUUAUGAAGAUCUUAAAUCGAACAAACUUGAUUCCAUUCGACCACAAGAAGCUACGGCAGGCAGCAAUAAAAAAGGUGCGAUAUGAAAACCUGCUGAACGAAAUCUUUGCAAAUAAAACUUCUUGAACGCGAAAUCUUCAUCUUGUCUCUUGUUGAGCUAGUGCACUGACCCACAUGGGGAUCCGCAGGCACGAAUGGGAAUACGGAGGUUUUUACACAGGAUAGUGUGGUGGUGCAGCGACCGAUGAAAAUGACAUCGACAACGACCGCGAACAAAUCGACCCCGUCCACGUGUAGGACACGCCAACUACAUCGAGGGUGUACGCAUAGCCAAGGAGAUGGCACGUCUCUACCUUUUUGAAGAUUAUCUAUCGUCCGGGAACAAAAGUUAAAGUAUCGAACGCAAAGCGCAAAAGAAUUGCGAAGUAUCGAAAUAACGUUGACCAUUACACAUGCACCAAGUAAAAUGUGAACAUGUUGCACUUAUUGUCAUCAUUUUUCUUCAUGCUUUAUUUUCCUGCCUUUACUUUUUACAAUACAUUUUCAUGAAUUAUUGACUGAUUUACUUAGUUCGCUUAUACCACUCACUUCACUGUCACUGUCUGAGUCUAAUCCUGUUCAUGACUGCACUUCCUAAAUUAUACGUAAGUCAUGUAAAGUGCUUUUUCGCGGUGGAGUGCCUGCCAUUUACUUUGUUUGGUAUCAUCGCUGGAUGAUCGUGAACAUAGUAUCGUUGAAGACUGGUCAUAAACUACGCUAGCAUACUAGCAGACGAGGUAAUUUUACAACUUCACAAAACUACAGCUAGCUGCGUUGCCAAGCCUCCAGAAGCUCCUUUUUCGUAGCUGCAUCGCUUUCUCGGUAAAACUGUCAGGAUCAACCCACUUCUGGAAGUACCGGAUGAAGAAAUGCCAAUCACAAAAUGGUUUGGCGGAUCGGUGUGGAGUUGAGUUUAUUUUGUAUUUGUUGGAUCGGUUGUAUAGAAUUAGAAGUUCAAGUUGAGCUUUGUUUGCCGCAGCGCCCUCGGUCUUCUCAAGUAUUGCUUUUCGUAACAAACCACGUUUCAUCCCUUUCUUCGGUGCUCGCCAUAUUUUUGACUUGCGACGUUUAGUUGUCUAUUUGUGAGCCCUGCAUAUGCAUUUCGUCCGAUCAUCCGCCUUGCUUUUAUUCUUCGGUAGUCGAG